AUGGCGUCCUCCGGGAUACGACUCUUUCUCCUCAGCCUCCUCGGGUUCGCCUUGCUCGCCGGCGCCGAAGUGCACGAGCACGAGUUCAUCGUCCAAGAGACGCCGGUGAAGAGGCUGUGCAACGAGCACAACAUCAUCACGGUGAACGGGCAGUUCCCGGGGCCGACGCUGGAGGUCCGGGAGGGCGACACCCUGGUGAUCACCGUCGUCAACCACGCGCAGUACAACGUCACCAUCCACUGGCACGGCAUCCGGCAGUUCAGGACGGGGUGGGCGGACGGGCCGGAGUUCGUGACGCAGUGCCCCAUCAAGCCCGGCGGCAGCUACAAGUACAAGUUCACCAUCGAGGGGCAGGAGGGCACGCUGUGGUGGCACGCGCACAGCUCCUGGCUCCGCGCCACCGUCUACGGCGCGCUCGUCAUCCGCCCCAGGGAGGGCAAGGACUACCCAUUCGAGAAGCCGUCCCGGGAGGUGCCCCUCCUGCUCGGCGAGUGGUGGAACGCCAACCCGAUCGACGUCAUCAGGGAGGCGCAGAGGACCGGCGGCGGGCCCAACGUCUCCGACGCCUUCACCAUCAACGGCCAGCCCGGCGACCUCUACAACUGCUCCCGCCAAGACACCACCGCCAUCUCGGUGAAGCCCGGGGAAACGGCGCUGCUGCGGUUCAUCAACUCUGCGCUCAACCACGAGCUCUUCGUCUCCAUCGCCGGCCACAAGAUGACGGUGGUCGGCGUGGACGCGUCCUACACCAAGCCCUUCGCCACCUCGGUGCUCAUGAUCGCGCCGGGCCAGACCACCGACGUGCUCGUCACCAUGGACCAGCCGCCCACGCGGUACUACGUCGCCGCGCGCGCCUACAUCAGCGCGCAGGGCGUGGCGUUCGACAACACCACCACCACGGCCGUCAUCGAGUACGACUGCGGCUGUGACACCGACUUCGGCCCCUCCAUCCCGCCGGCAUUCCCCACCCUCCCGGCGUUCAACGACACCGGCGCCGCCACGGCCUUCGCCGCGGGCAUCAAGAGCCCCAAGAAGGUCGAGAUCCCCAGCCCCGUCGACGAGAACCUCUUCUUCACCGUCGGACUCGGCCUGUUCGACUGCAAGCCGGGGCAGCAGUGCGGCGGGCCUAACAACACACGCUUCACGGCCAGCAUGAACAACGUGUCCUUCGUCUUCCCCAAGACCGACUCCCUCCUCCACGCGCACUACUACGACAUCCCCGGCGUCUUCACCACCGACUUCCCGGCCUACCCGCCGGUGCAGUUCGACUACACGGGGAACGUCAGCCGCAGCCUGUGGCAGCCCAUCCCGGCGACGAAGCUGUACAAGCUCAGGUUCGGCUCCGUGGUGCAGAUCGUCCUGCAGGACACCAGCAUCGUCACGCCGGAGAACCACCCUAUCCACAUCCAUGGCUACGAUUUCCUCAUACUCGCCGAGGGCUUUGGCAACUACGACGCCGAGAAGGACGCCCAGAAGUUCAACCUCGAAAACCCGCCGCAGCGGAACACCGUCGCCGUGCCGGUUAACGGCUGGGCGGUCAUCCGGUUCCGCGCCGAUAACCCUGGGGUGUGGCUCAUGCAUUGCCAUCUCGACGUGCACAUAACAUGGGGCCUGGCAAUGGCGUUCCUGGUGGAGGAUGGGUACGGCGAGCUGGAGUCGCUGGAGGCGCCUCCAGUUGAUCUUCCAAUGUGUUAAUGAGUAAACGACCAGCAGAGAUACAGCACUACCAAUAUUGAAGGCUGCUCAUGUUCUAUUCUUAUUCUUAGUAGCUGCCUUUUGGGGUAUUUGUGAUCUUCUUGUUUUUUGAAGAUUUGUUUUACAUUUCUAGGGGGUUUGAUUUUGCAUCAUGGUUUGUAACAGUCCCCUGUAAAUCUGUGUAAUUUUCAGUGAUUCAUCAGCUUAUUAUUUGAAGUGAACUUUU